CACCAUCACCACUCCUUAUUUUACAUACAAACAAUUCACAAACCACACCUCUACAAUCAAUAAACUAUAAACCAGCAUGUCCACCCUCGACGACAUCUUCGGCUCCUCCCCCCCACCCACAACCCACCACUCCCAUCAUCACCCUCCCAGCACCACCACCACCACCGAACCCUCCGACCUCCCCUCCCUCCGCCGCCAACACGUCACAGCCGGCUACCGCGACGGCAUCAGCGCCUCCAAAACCUCCCAUGUCCAAUCCGGCUUCGACGCCGGAUUCCCCAUCGGCGCCCAACUCGGCAUGCGCGCCGGUACGAUCCUCGGUAUUCUCGAGGGCGUGCUACGCGGGUACGACGAGAGCCAGAAAUCCGUGGUGAAGAAGCUGCCUUUGGCGGGUGGUCGGAAGGGUGCUACCAGCACCAAUGGCGCCGCCACUGCUACUUCUACUCCUACUACAAUUACCGACGAGGAACGCCAAGCCAAACGCGCGGAGAUACUAGCGUUGUACCAACAGGCCGUGAAGGAGUUGGAUGUGCGGAAGGUAUUCGAGGGGAUCAGUGAGAGAGAGAUUUCGGAGGGGGAGAAAGCUGAGGUUAGGCUUGGGAGACAGGGUGAGGGGGCGAUAGGGAAGUGGGAGGAGAAAGUGAGGGUGCCGAGGUGGGAGGAGAAUAUGGAUGCGUUGGAAAUGAAGGAUACUACUGCUGCUGAGGGGAAGGAGGUGGAUGUGGAGGAGAGCUGAAUGGGUGAUUGAGGAUGGUACUUUUUAUCCUUCUCCCACCUCUAUUUUUUUGUUUCUGGCGGGCCCUUGCGCCUGUCGGAAUUCAACUAGAGGAUCGGGGCCAUGUCAGCCUAGACUGGAUGUUUUUUCCAGGAGACCCGCAGCAGGAAUUUCCCUGCUUGCUUGCUUGUUUGCCGGUAGGCAGUCUUGGCUUGUAUGCAGUUUUGAAGCAGUGCAUACAUACGUCGGGGUCUGGUCUCGGGAUGGCUACCUGGCGGACUGGCUGGCUGGCUGGCUCCUCCCCCUGCUGCUUGCUGUCGGGACGGCAGGACAGGAUGGCCGGAUGGUCGAGACGGGACGUGGCUGCAAGGUACGGAG